GGCUGUUUCCGGAGGCGUUGGCCGAGGUGGGCGGGGCUAGACCGCAGCUGCAGGUGGGAGGUAGCCACCUGGGAUCCUCAGACCACUUCAAGAGCCGCGGGCGCAGGGCCCGGUCCUUGGGUUCAGGGUGACCCUUUGUCAGCUGGGGCCUGAAAAGAGCGGAACGAAAGGCGGACGGUUUUCGGUUGCUGGGGCGGACGUGGAUCCGAUCUGUCCGUCCUUGCAAGUUUCCCCCAAGGCUGGGACCUAGACGUGCGCCAACUCGUGUUCUCUGGCACCGUAGUAGUGGUCGUCGCUGGCCCGAGUUAGAAGCCAACAGUGAAUUCUUCGUGCCUCAGAUUGGUUGACCUACAAGAUGCUUCGAUACCCAUAUUUUUGUAAAAUCUAUAAAGAAUUUCAUUCAUGCUGGUUGGAAUCUGGCAUAUUUAAUUUAGGUAUCUGGCCAAAAAAAAUACAUGCUACAACAGAAAGAUGUAAUGAAUAUGAAGCCGAGGAGCAAACAGAUCAAACUGGAGCUCAGGAGUUACAUAGAUCUCAAAAUGGAGAUUUUGAAGCUAUGACUAAAUUACAUAUCCCAGUAAUGGUGGAUGAAGUUGUUCGUUGUUUGGCACCACAAAAAGGCCAGGGAUAUAUGAUUUCCUGUAAGAAUGUGAAUGGGGAAACUAAAUUCUUUCAAAUGAGUUUCCUGAUCAGAUUUUAUAGAACUACUCUCUACCUCUGUCUACACUAUUUCUGUCCUGGGAGACUGACCUUCCCCAGCCAAAUCAUCUGGCUCCCCUGCCCUGUGGCUUCUGGUUGGAUUACACAAAUGGGAGUCACCAGCUGGAGAUCAGAGAGUGAGAUUUUUCUAGAUAUGACAUUUGGUUCAGGAGGACACACAAGAGCCAUUCUACAGAAGGAGUCAGAUAUUACUCUGUAUGCCUUAGACAGAGACCCGACAGCUUAUGCAAUAGCUGAACAGCUUUCAGAAUUCUAUCCUAAACAGAUCCGAGCUAUGCUAGGCCAGUUCAGCCAGGCAGAAGCCUUAUUAAUGAAAGCUGGAGUGCAGCCAGGGACUUUGGAUGGAGUUCUUUUGGAUCUUGGGUGUUCCUCCAUGCAACUUGAUGCUCCUGAAAGAGGUUUUUCCCUUCGGAAGGACGGCCCCUUGGACAUGAGAAUGGAUGGUGGCAGGUACCCUGACAUGCCCACCGCAGCUGAUGUUGUGAACGCUUUAGAUCAACAGGCACUUGCCUCCAUCCUGAGAACAUACGGGGAGGAGAAGCAUGCCAAGAAAAUCGCUUCAGCAAUCGUUCAGGCUCGCAGCCUCUACCCCAUCUCCAGAACCCAGCAGCUUGCCAGCAUCGUUGCAGGUUUACCACAUAGUGAUUCAGCAAUUCUAUACAUUAUGCUUGCUCACCACAGUAAGUAUAGUUACUAUCUGUCACCUUACAACACUAUUGUAAUAUUAUGGACUGUAUUUCCUACACUAUACUUUUCAUUCCUGUGAUUUACUUAUUUUAUAACUUUAAGUCUGUACCUCUUAAUUCCCUUUACCUUAAUUGCCUACCCUCUGGAAGUCACCUAAUUUGUUGUCUGUAUUUAUGAUUCUGUUUCUGCGUUUGUUGUUGUUGCUUUGGUUGUUCUUUGGUUGGUUUUUGGAUUCCACAUAAAAGCGAAAUUAUAUGUUAUUUCUCUUUGUCUGGCUUAUUUCACUUAGAAUAAUACCCUCUAAUUCCAACCAUAUUUUCAGAAAUGGCAACAUUUCACUUAUUCAUGGCUGAGUAAUAUUCCAUUGUAUGUAUAUAUCAUAUCUUCUUUAUCCAUUUAUGUAUUGAUGGACACUUUGGUUGCUUCCAUAACCUGGCUAUUGUGUAUAAUGCUGCUAUAAACAUAGGUGUGCAUAUAUAUCAUCUUGAGUUAGUCUUUUCAUUUUGAGGGGGUAAAUACCCAGUCGUGGAAUUACUGGGUUGUGUGGCAUUUCUAUUUUAAUUUUUUGAAGAAACUCCAUACUAUUUACCAUAGUGUUUAUACCAAUUUACGUUCCCACCAGCUGUUCAUGGGUGUUUUUUUUUUUUCUCCACAUCCUUACCAACAGUUAUUUCUUGUCUUUUUGAUACUAGACAUUCUGACAGGUAUAAGUUGAUAGCUCAUGGUGAUUUUGAUUUGCAUUUCCCUAAUGAUUAGUGAUGCGGAGCAUUUUUUCUUGUGUCUAUUGGCUACCCAUAUAUCUUCUUUGGACAAAGGUGUAUUCAGGUCCUCUGUCCCCUUCUUAAUUGGAUUGCUUGUUUUGGUGUUAAAUUGUGUAAGUUCUUUAUAUAUUUUAGAUAUUAGUCCCUUAUCAGAUAUUCUUUUUUAUUUUAUUCUUUCAAAACUUUUAAUUUUAGAUUUAUUUAGGGCCAUUUUCAAAUGUGUAUAGAAUAUUUACUUUAACAGAUGACAAGACAGCUCCCUAUCAGACCCUGGCCUAAAGGAAUUUGCUUUACUUAUAGAGCAAGAGGAUAACAUUAAACAUGGAAGCUUUUGACUUGGUCUUGUUUUUAAGCUCUUUCCCUUUCCUGUUUCUGUUCACAUUGGUAUGUGAAUUUCUUAUACCAACUGUGGUGGCAUUAUGUUUCAUAUUUACUGUAAAGAAAUAUUAGACAAUAUUAGCAUGUACUCUCACAAACUAAGCUCUACAUAUUAGGAUAUCUGUAAUGACUAAAAAUUAACUAAAAAUUGCUUAUGUUCAAAAUUGUAUAAUUUUAAUUGAGCUACUUUUCUACUGAGUUUUUGUGAUUGCUGCCUUAAUCUAGUAGAUUUGUGUGUGUGUGUGUGUGUGUGUGUGUGUGUGUGUAAGCAACAUUCUUUAAUAGAAAGAGGUAAGCAAUAAAGAAUAGAAGGGAAUUUUGUGAAGUGCUUCAUAAAUAUAAAUUUAGUGAUAGAAAUCUUGAUCAGAGAUAUAUUUUUCUCAGAACCACAAUGCCAUAUGUUCGAUGUUGAAUGAAGCAUGAUUUAUAAAAAUCAGCAUCAUAUUCUAAAGAGGCUGGAUUGUAUAACAAGCAUAACUAUUUUUAUAUUAUUUUCUCAAAUUUCAUCUGUUUAUAGCUACUAUUUCCAGCUAAUGUUUGGUAACACACAGCAUGAUCUGCGGGAAUACUAAGAGAAAGUUUAAAUAUAUAUAAAUUAUUUUUUAUAAGUCUAGUUACAGCAUAGAUUUCCCAAAGCAUUAAAAAGUUCAAUAGAAUUAAUUACUUAAGAUGCAGUGGUGAUAGUCAUAAUGCCUGUUAUUUAGAUGGACCUUAAAAAUUCUUCAUAGACUUUUGUCCACCUCAUUCUUUUCUUAUAUAUUCUACCAAAAUUGUUGGACAAUAAAAUAAAGAAUAAAAUUUAAUACUCUGAUAUGCACAGUAGAAGUUUGCCUCUUUGGUAAUGUCACAUCUCCUUAAACAGUUCUUUACCUUAAAUAUUGAACAAGUUUUCUACAUUAGCAUAUGUCCUAUUAAAAUUUUUUUUCGAUGUUUAUUUAUUUUUGAGAGACAGAGUGUGAGCAGAGGAGGGACAGAGAAAGAGGGAGACACAGAAUCAGAAGCAGGCUCCAGGUUCUGAGCUGUCAGCACAGAGCCCGACAUGGGGCUUGAACUCACGAACCAUGAGAUCAUGACCUGAGCUGAAGUCUGACGCUUAACUGACUGAGCAACCCAGGUGCCCCUUAGUACAUGCCUUAUUAAAUAUAUCAUUGCCCAGGCACUAAAAAACAAAGGUGAAAUCAAAUGACAGGACAUUUUCCAUUUCUCAUUCUUGAAUAAUUGCAUCUAUCCAUUAAAAUCCAUCCUUAUACUUUGGGCAAUAUACUUGUCUGCCUUGCACAGGGUUAGAAUUUGUUAUGAUAAACAAUCAAAUAUUCUGAUUUCUUAUUCUUUCACAAGGAAAAAUAUUAUCAUCCAACUCAUAAUUAUAAGUGCUAGACUGGGGAGGAAGCUGUAUAGCAUUGUAAGUAACACUAUUGGCUUUGGAUUCAGAAAAACAAGUUUGAAUUCAAGGUCUGCAUAUAUUAGCUGAAUAUACAAACUUGGGCAUGCUCUUUAAUCUCCUGAAUCCUCAUUUAUUUCACUUUAAGAUGAGGAUAAUAUUGGUACUUUCUCAUCAGUUGCUAUGAGUCAAAUAGAAAACACUCAAUAAAUAUUUAUGAAUUAACUGAAAGUUAUAAUUACCAAAAUGUAACUCACAUUUCUGGACAUCAUGAUUAAGGAUGUGUGUGCUUUAUUCUUGGUAAUUUUAAGUUCAGUAUCUACAUUACUAGCAGCAAUUGACUGGGUUAUAGUCAGUUUUAUUAUUUGGAAGCUUUAUCCCCAUUUAUUAUUUAUGUAAUGCCCCCAAUGUUUGCAACACAUUGACAGGGCCUAUAAAACACAGUCAUUUUUCAUGUGGAGUUUCCAUUUAUAAGAAAACAAAAUAAGAAAAAAGAACUAGUUGCUAAGGUUAUUUGACAUUCAUUUAGGUUGGAGAAAGUAUUUGUCCUCCUACACUUACAUAUCAGUAAGUAGCCGACCUACAUGGUCCUUAUAUUAAGAUUUUUCAGAAUACAUUUUGAGGGAGGUAAAGGAAAUGAGUACUUUGUGAAGUAAGAAAAGAUUGCUUUGGGAGUAUUAAAAAAGUUUCCUACUUCUUCACACUAAAGGCAAUGAAAGGAUACCAAAGGGCUCCAAAGCCAAUGAGAAGGACUAAAUAUGUGUGUUGCAGAUAUUAAAGGGAAAAUAGUCAGUGAAAGGUAAGAGAACUAUUUACACUUAGAAUGAGUUGAUGACCUUUUUUACAACACCAUAGAAAUAGAUACUACAGAACUGAAUCCAUGUAAUUCCCACAUCUUUAUCUUCAUCUCAGUAUUUAGAAAUCUUGUCCUUUAUCUCUAUUUUGUACUCCUAUAUCUCAGUGGAGAGAUUAGCCUUGCUCCUUUUCUUUUUAUUUUCUCUGGGAUUUAGUUCAAUUAAUUUUGCUUGUCCCUCCAAGCUUUAAUCUGUUCUCUGCUGCCAAACAUACUCAAAAGGGCCUAGGUGAAAAGCAAACAAGGACUAAAAUCUCUCCUUGACUCUGUCUUCCUUUGGUUCCUUACCAAAAUACCACACCCAUCAUUCUGUUUUCUUUCAUAACUUGACUUCUUAAAGUGUACACUACCUCCGACUCCUCUCCUGUCUUUUAUUUAUCCAAUCUAGUACACUAUCUAUAGAAACUGUUCUCUUAAUGAUUAAUGGUGACCUUAAUUUUUUAAUGGAACAUUUCACAAAUGUGCCUGUCAUCCUUGCACAGGGGCCAUGGUACUCUUGUUGGUGUCAUUUGAAUUUUAGUGAAUGUGCUGCUAGAGUAAGCACAAUGGUCACCUCUUAAUUACAAGACCCAAUAGCCUAAUCUUCCUCUUGCGGUACCUUAUGUCUGCAGUGUUUUGCACUGGUCUAUCCUUCCAUAAAAACCUGUUCUCUGUUGCAUUCUCCAAAAUCACCCCUUCUGUAGUUUUAUUUCUCUCACACUCUAAUUCCUUCACCAGAUUUUCUUCCUUUGUCCAAUCUAGCCAGACCAUGUCUCACGUGAUUUGUUCUCAUGGUGCAGGUAUACCAAGUGAAGAACUACAUUUAGUGAAGGCACUGCUAUGAAAUCACUCCAUGAUCAUCUGUGAAGCAGAUGAAAGAUGGGUAUGUUGCCAAGAUAACAAGCAGUGGAAGGAACAGAGAAUGGAGUCUUCCUGGAUGCUAAAAUUGACAUCAAAUUAAAGUAUAUACUAAUCAGGACUUCAGCUUUGGUAAUGGCAGACAAUACUUGGACCAAAUAUCCCAGUAAGAACAAAUAGAAAAUCUAGAAAAAAAAUGUGUUUUUUUUUAAUGUCUAUUUGAAAACCUAAAAAGCUAAUAAGGCAGUGAAGAAUAUCUGGGAGAAGAAGGAAACCCUAGCAUUUGUAACUGCCAAUUGCCAAUUAAUUCCAGGGAAGGCAAGUGAGAAAGAAAACCAAACUUUUGACAAUCUUUUAUGGAGUAGAGGUGAACUGGAAGUCAAUUGGACCUUGAAAGAACUGAAACUCAGUUUCAAAUCAUCUUAGUCCUUGAAAUUGGACUAAACUGAUCCUAGAUGCUAGAGUCCCUACCUGUUUGACCAAAGCAAUUUUAAAUACUCUUUGGGAGUGGGGAGGGCAGGGUGCAGAAUUCUUGCACACAAUUUCUGUUAUGUUUCAUAUUUAUUGUCUAUUACUGAAUCAGAAAAAUAACCAGUCAUGAAGAGACAAGACAAUUUUUAAAAGAAGGAGAAGAAUAUAGAUAAUUUAAAAAUACUCAUAGGGUAUGUAGACAAAUGCUAUAAAUAUGUUCAAGGAAAUAGAACUAAAAACUAUAGAGAAUAAAGCAACUGAAAAUAUACAACUGAAAGAUGUAGUAAUCAAACUUAAGAACUUAGUGGAUUAAUUAAAGAGCAAAUUGUACCCAGCUAAAGAUAAAUCAUGAACUGGAAGAUAUUUCAAAGGGAAAUACUCAGAAUAAUGCAUGGAGAGACAAAAGAUAAGGAACACAAAAAUAUGAGUAACUUAGCAGUUACAAUAAGAGGUCUAAUUCAUGUGUGAUUGGAAUCUUGAGAAAAGAAGAAGAAGAGAAAAUGGCUGAGAAUUUUCCAGAAUUUUCUCAUUUGAAGAGAAAAUGACUGAGAAUGUUCCAAAGCUAAUGAAAUACAUCAAGCUACAAAUUCAAGAAGGCUCAAAACUUUCUAGAAACAGCAUCUAAAACGUACCAGAAAUCAAAAUCAAAGGCAACAGGCAUUCUCUAGGAAUAUGGCUCACAUGAGCUAUUCUUAGGGAAAGGUAACUAUUGAUGAUGAAAUAAAGCAAACCAAGAUAAGAAAAACAAAAAAAAACCAGUAAGGGAGAAGUUUGGUAAAGGGUACCAUGAUAAGCUCGGAAUCCAUGUAAUACAGAACUAAGAGUAAAUAACUAUGGGAAUUAUGGCUACAGAACCGAAUACAAGCAUAAGUCUUGAAAAUUAACAGAACUCACCAAAAUUAUAAGGUUAAGAAGUCAAGAUACAGGGAAGUAUAGUGCACCAAUUUCCUUAUUUUUAGAGCAAGGACUCAAUACUGUGAAAAUUUGAAACAUAGUUUCUUUUAAAAAUAUUCCAACCUUUUUGUACAUUAAUUUGUACAUUUUUGUACAUUACAUAUUUUGUACAUUACAUAAUUGUAACUUGUUUCUGUAAAAAAACAAGGGUUUUUUAAUAGUUAAAAAAAUAGAGAUUCAGCAGUUCUUCACUCUCUAAUUUCUUUCCAGUUAAAUUCAAGUAAAAUUAAAUGUUCUGUUUUUAUUUUAAAAAUAAGAUACAUCAUGAUGGGUCCCUUUUGCAAAAACAAAACAAAACAAACACACACACAAAAAAACAUUGCUGAUCUAUUUACUCUUCUUAGUGAUAUAUUGAAGAUAUUCUUUGUUAAUGAUGUUAAAUUCUAGGUGGAGGAAUGUGGGGUGUUUAUUCAUUCUGUGUUAAACAUAGCACAGUGUAACUAUUUAUAAUGAGCACUUACAUGCUUUAUAAAAACAAUCUCAUUGUUAGUAUUAUUAUUUUUAAAGAGCACAGGUUUUGGAAUCUGACAGACUUUUGUAUAAAUCUGGGCUGAGACACCAAGUAGCAGUGUAGCCUUAGAAAAUUUACUUAAUCAUUGGACCUCAGUUUUCUCAUCUGAAAAAUGAGGAUGUUAAUACCUAUUUUAUAAGGUGAUUGUAUUAAACAUAAAUAUGUAUAUACAACACUUUAUCAGUUUAUGGCCAAAGCAAUCAACAUUUAUCUUUUUAUUUUCAUUUAUUGAGUUCUGGCUAUUUUGCUAGUUUGUCAUAUAAGCUACAACAAACCAAUUCAUCUCUUUGCUUGCUUACCUGUAAAACGACAGAAUUUGUAUCAGACAUUCCAUUGUACCCUCCACCUCUUCUAGAGCUGACUCUCAUCUACAUGACUUCUUUGCAAUCUGUCGUGUUAUUCCAUGACUGCUUCCCCUCCCCAAAUCUCUUGCUCCACUCUUGUCACAAUAAUUGAUUGGUCCAGGGGAGGAUUCUGAUGCAAACUAGAUUAAUCCUGACUACAAGUGAUUGACCUAAUCUAGACCAAUAAUGCAUUCUUUUCUUAAAAUUGUUUGAUUUAAUGUAAAAAAAGAAAUCUUUUGAUCCCUCCUCCAUAUCUGAAAGAUGUAAAACUGAAGAACUCUUAGGAGUGCACAUUCCCACCAUGUAAAAAAAGAGUGACUGUGACUUGCAGAGACAAUAGAUAGGAGUUGGAGAGCUACUCCUGGGAGCAUUCUCACUCCAGAUCUCAGUUUUUCUGGAAACCCAUCUGUAUCCAUGCCUUUUCCAUGAUUUUGCUGUGUAGCUCAUUCUUGGACUCUAUAAGCCACUAUAUUCCUUCCUUCCUCCUAUCACUUUUUUUUUUUUUUUAAAGACAAUCACUUCAGGUUGAAUUUCUGUUAUUUACGAUUACACCAGUAUAGGUUUGGAAUAGAUGAUGCUUAAGAAUUAUUUUACCUGAAUGUUUAUUAAUUCCUUAAAAUGUGUUCUUUAGCUUUCCUAAUUUACUGAAUCACUUAAAUGUGAUCUUCAUAUUAAUGAACACUUACGAAAUUAUUUUACAUGCACAAUUGUACAAUACAUAUCCAGGUUCUAAGCAAUAAAAUAAGUUCCUCAAACUUACCUAACUAGAUAUCACAUGGCUUUGUCAUUAGUCUUUCUAAAUUUGAAUAUGUCCAUCUGAAAGAGACUGUCCAACCAUGGAACUUUCAUUUAAGUGAUAACAAACAUCUUACAUUCCUGCACAGUCCUGAUAUGGUAAGGGAAAAAAUGACUAUGUCCUCUUUCCAAAUUUACAUAUAUUCUUUAUGAUUCUGCUUUUCUCUUUUUAAUGGCACCAUAUCUACUUCUUUAUCCAUAAAUUUAUUUUCACACAGAAACCCUUUGAUGAUGAAGAAUAAAACCAUGUUUUAAAGCCAGCCAGAUGGUUUUCCCAUUUCCUGUUGUGUACAUACAUAUAUAUUUUUCAUGAUGGGGAGGGGUCACAGAGAAGACAAAAAGCAAAACCUAUAGUGAACGCUGAACCUAUCUAGCUAUCCUAGAAUCUAUCAUUGUUCCUUUGAAGAAAUUCAACAUUUGCCUUACAACCAGAGAAUAAACAUCAGCUGCUAGAGAAAGCUAUUGAAUUUCAAAAUCCCUUUGAAAUGUCACAUUAACCUGUUUAACUUUCAGUCAGUUCUUUAAAAUAUCAAACAUUUCCUGAUGACUCCCAGAUCUAAGACUGCUUAUAUUUCUCUAACUUAAAAGCUUGUUUCCUUCACUUGCAAACAAACUGUGGUGAAUGAAUCAGCACUAUUUGGGCCUGGGAAAAGUGUAUCGCAGCCACAAUCUGUGUGCAGUCUGUCUACAGGUUAGCUCAAUUUUGGAUGUUGAAUGAGAUCAAAUGCUGAAUCUCGUUGAUUUGGCUAAAACUACACAGCUCUAGCCUUUUAUUUAGCCUUCCAUUAAGUUUUAAUCUUUAAAGCUGUAUUUGUUUCAUAAAUCAUCUUUUAUUCUCAGAUGUGUAGAAGUCAGGCAACAACCAUUAACUUAUUUUACUCAACAACAUCUACUGAGCAUCCACUUGUUAGGUGCUGAGGGCAAAAGAGUGAAAAGAAAAGUUGUGCCUGUUGUUCAUGAAGAGCCACAUUAUAAAUUGAGACACAGAUAUGCAAAUUAUGAGAAGUUGGAAUAUAAUGGGUUAAAUUCUGUAAUAGAGGUUAAACUAUUGAGAACACAAAGUGAAUGAUGAGAGAAACUAUUGAGAACACAAUAAGUGAAUGAUGUUUUCUUCUUUCAAGCAGAGCUGGAUUUAUAACUUAACCUUUAAGUGUAAGAGCUACAGGAAUUUUGUGCUGAAUCAUCAGUAGUGUCCUGGGACAUAAUCAACACCAGGUGUCUUUCCUUUUAAUGCCAUUGAUAGCCUUCCCAUCUUAUACUUAUUGCUGGUGAUUCUUGUUCACUGAGCUCCAUGCACUUUCAUUUUCAUGAUGUGUGUAUACACAUGUUCACAUUAUUAAGAAGGCUACUAGUCAUAGACAUGGAUGACUACCUUACAAUAAUUGUGAAGUAUCCUAUCUAAAUGAGCCAUUUCAUUCUAGAGUUUCAUUCAUUUGAGUUUUUCAUAUGAGUUCAUAUGAGUUUUAGGUGUACAGCAUAGUGGAUGAUUCAAUAACUCUAUGCUAUGCUCAUCACAAGUGUAUCUGUCUUCUGUCACCAUACAACACUAUUACUAUAUUCUUGACUAUGUUAUCUAUACUAUACCUUUCAUCCCCAUGACUUAUUCAUUCCAUAACUGGAAUCCUGUACCUCCCACUCCCUUUUACCCAUUUUGUCCAUCUCCUCACCCCCCUCUCCCCUGGCAACCACAAGUUUGUUCUCUGUAUAUAUGAGUCUAUUUCUGCUUUUUGUUUGUUCAUUUGUCUUGUUUUUAAGAUUCAGUAUAUAAGUGAAAUUAUAUGGUAUUUGUCUUCUCCACCUGGCUUAUUUCACUUGUCAUCAUAUCUUUUAGUUCCACCCAUGUUGUUGCAAAUGGCAGGAUCUCAUUCUUUUUUAUGGCUGAUUGAUAUUCCAUUGUGUAUAAUGUACCACAUCUUCUUUAUUGAUGGACAAUUGAGUUACUUCCUUAUCUGGGCUAUUGUAAAUGCUGCAUUAAACAUAGGAAUGCAUAUAUCUUUUUUGAAUUAGUGUUUUCAUUUUCUUUGGAUACAUACCCAGUAGUGGAUUACUGGAUCAUAUGGUAAUCUAUUUUUAAUUUUUUAAGAAACCUUCAAACUGGUUUUCACAGUGGCUGCACCAAUUUACAUUCCCACCAAUAGUGCACAAGUGUUCCUUAUUCUCCACAUCCUUGCCAACACGUGUGUGUGUGUGUGUGUGUGUGUGUGUGUGUGUGUGUUAUUCUAGCCAUUCUGACAGUGAUAUUUAAUUGUGGUUUUGAUUUGCAUUUCCCUGAUGAUGAGUGAUGUUGAACAUCUUUUCAUGUGGCUGGUAGCCAUCUGUAUGUCUUCCUUGGGAAAAUGUCUAUUCAAAAUAUCUAAGAAUAAACUUAACCAAGGAGGUGAAAGACUUGUACCUAUAUCAUGAAAACUAUAAAACAUUGAUGAACGAAAAUGAAGACAAUACAAGCAAAUGUAAAGAUAUUCCAUGAUCAUGGAUUGGAAGAACCAAUAUUGUUAAAAUGUCCAUAGUACCCAAAGCAAUCUAUAGAUUCAGUGCAAUCCCUAUCAAUCUACCAAUAGUAUUUUUCACACAACUAGGACAAGUAAUCCUAAAAUGUUUAUGGAACCCCAAAAGAUCCUGCAAUCUUAAGAAAGAAGAACAAAGUGGAAGUGUCACAAUCUUAGAUAUCAAACUAAAGUACAAAGCUACUAUAAUCAAAACAGUAUGGUACUGGCACAAAAACAGACACACAGAUCAAUGGAACAGAAUAGAAAGCCAAAAUAAAUCCAUGCUUUUAUGGUCAAUUAAUCUAUAACAAAGAAUUAUAAGACAGGAAAAACCAGACCACUGUCUUAUACCAUGCAUAAAAAAUAAACUCAACAUGGAAUAAGACCUAAAUGUGAGACAUGAAACUCCUAGAAGAGAACAUAAGUAAUCUCUUUGACAUUGGCCUUAACAACAUUGUUCUAUAUAUAUGUCCUCAGGUAAGGGGAACAAAAGCAAAAAUAAACUAUUGGGAUUACACCAAAAUAAAAAACUUUUGCACAGUGAAAGAAAUCGUUAACAAAAUGAAAAGGCAGCCUACUGAAUGGGAAAAGAUAUUUGCAAACGAUACACCUGGUAAGGCAUUAAUAUACAAAAUAUAUAAAGAAUUCAUACAACUUAAUGCAAAAAUAAAUAAUUCUGUUGAAAAGUAGAAUUAGGAUCCUUAAUAUUUUUGAAGCCAUGGCCUCCUAUGAGAAUCUUCUUAAAAUUACAGCCUCUUUAUUUUUAUUUAUUAUUUAUUUUUAAUGUUUAUUUAUUUUUGAGAGAGAGAGAGUACAAGCGGGAGAGGGGCAGAGAGAGAGGGAGACAGAAUGUGAAGCAGGCUCCAGGCUCUGAGAUGUCAGCACAGAGCCCUGUGUGGGGUUCAAACUCCCAAACCGUGAGAUCAUGCUCUGAGCUGAAGUCGUAUGCUUAACACUUAACCGACUGAGCCACCCAGGCACCCCAGAGUCUCUUUAAAUAAACAGGUGCACACAGACUAAUUUUGUGUAACAUUGAGUGGUUAUAAAGCCCUCAUGUCUAUGAUGGGCUCAAGUUCAGUAACUCUAGCACUAGAAAAACAUCUCAGUUCAUCGCAUUUCCAAAUCUGACCCUGUGAAACAUCUAAGGAUCAAGGCUGACAAUUUCUACCAUUCAGGUUCACCUGGUCCCUUCAGUCCUAGAUACUUCAAGCUCCAUACGUUGUUUUCGAGGAUCCCAAUCUUGGUAUCACCCACUUGGGCAGUGUCCCAAGGCUAAUCUGAGCUCCUGUAACAGUUUUGACUGGGCACAAUGAAUAGAAGAGAUAAAAUUAUUUCCAAAAACCUGAGUAGAUCAAAUCCUCCAGAUGAGUGCUGUCUAAUGGAAAUACAAUGCAAGCCACCAAAUCAAGCCACACUGUAAUUUUUAAUUUUGAGAAGUCACACUGAGAAAAGUAAAAUGAAACAGUUCAAAUCAAUUUUAAUAGCAUAAUCUAUUUAAAUGAAUGCAUCCAAUAUAUUCCAACAUGUAAUCAAUAUACAAAAGUAACAAGAUAUCUUAUAUUCCUUCUUUUGUACUAAGUCUUUGAAAUCUGGUAUGUAUUUUACCCUUAGAGCACAUCUCAGUUUGGACUAGCUACAUUUCAAUAACUCAGUAGCUACGAGUGUGUAGUGGCUUUCAUACUGGACAGGAAGGUAUUAAGCCUAGAAUAAAUGUCAAUCUUUCUGUAUACCUGGCUUUGUUAUAGCAGUGAUCAGUUUUUUUACCUUUUUAAGAAUACUUUCUCCCAUAACUAUCUGGGAAGAAACGAACAGUUUAUUUUCUUCUAAUGUACUGCAUCUCACGUGGGAAGAGAUGCAAGCCAUGCCCCCUGAAACCAUGUUGUGCAGUGGCCCUGAUCGGGAGGAAGCUGCAUCUUGUCAAUCCUGUUCUCUAAAGGGCCAAUGCAUUUGGUACGACUUACAAAACAGCUUUAAAAAUAAAAUAACCAAAACAGAUCUUUGUAGCCACAUCCAAAAUCAAACUAAUUCAUACUAGCAACCUCUCUAAAAAUUGCUUCAGGCUGACUACACCAGGGUUGAUCAGCAUUAAAAGACGAGUUUAUACUGUAGGUAAAUUGAUGCAUUCCUGGCCAGGAAACAACCACAGCAUAUAUUAAGCCAGGAAUGAUGGUUAUAGAGAAAGAUAUUUAAAGCAAAUCAUUAUUUAAAAAAAAAAAAAGAGGGAGUGGAAAUC